UGAUUGUGUAAAAGAGAAAAAAAAAAAUUCCAAUUAGUGAGGAGCGGCAGCGCAUGCCAUCUAAUUAACAACUACUAGUUUUAAUUGUAUGGAGGAGAACGCGGGAUUUGUGGAUUCGUUAUAUGGAUUCGUUUUCCUUGUACUUGCCGAUGCCUAUUCAAUCCUUGCUUCCUACAGAUAUAACUCUGAGAUUCCUUUCUUUCUCAGUUUCUUUUACCCCAGCCCAUUUCCUAAAAUAUCAAUCCUUCUUCAAGAUCACAAUCGAACCAUCCAUUUCUUGGCAUCAUGGAAGUGGGUCUCUAGCCCAUUCCCAUUUUGCAGUGUGCCAAGAGAAGGAAUUGGGAUUGGAGAUCUUGGCCCUGCAAAUUUCGGAUACUGUGAUACAAUUGUAUUUUUGUUUUCCCAUCAAUGGGGAUAUCAAAGGAUAAUUUUCAUGGACUUGUUUUGGCCAUUUCGUCGAGUAUUUUCAUCGGUUCUAGUUUUAUUGUAAAGAAGCAAGGUCUCAAGAAGGCUGGGGCAACUGGGACUAGAGCAGGCAUGGGAGGGCACUCAUACUUGUUUGAACCAUGGUGGUGGGCUGGGAUGAUAUCUAUGGUUCUCGGGGAAGCAGCUAAUUUUGCUGCUUAUGCAUUUGCACCUGCAAUUCUCGUCACACCCUUGGGAGCUUUGAGUAUUAUUUUCAGUGCCGUGCUUGCUCAUUUCAUUCUGAAGGAGAAAUUGCAUAUUUUUGGUAUGCUUGGAUGUGUUCUUUGUGUGGUGGGCUCUACAAGUAUUGUUUUGCAUGCUCCACAGGAAAGAGCUAUUGAAUCAGUAAAGGAAGUGUGGCACCUUGCUACAGAGCCGGGAUUUCUUGUCUACACUGGCUUAGUACUGAUUGCUGUUGCUCUACUCAUUUUUCGAUAUGUACCACGCUAUGGUCAAACCCAUAUGAUCGUUUAUGUUGGAAUUUGCUCUCUCAUGGGCUCUCUUACGGUAAUGGGCGUAAAAGCAGUGGGAAUUGCUUUAAAACUCACUUUUUCUGGACUGAAUCAAUUUAUCUACUUUCAAACAUGGUUGUUCACUGUAAUAGUGGUUGUUUGCUGUCUUUUGCAGGUGAACUACUUGAACAAGGCAUUGGACACCUUCAACACAGCAGUUAUAUCUCCAGUUUACUAUGUCAUGUUUACAACUUUCACCAUACUUGCCAGCAUGAUCAUGUUCAAGGAUUGGGACUCACAAGACGCAUCACAGAUUGUAACAGAAUUGUGUGGUUUUGUCACAAUUCUAUCUGGUACCUUUCUCCUUCACAGAACAAAGGAUAUGGGAGAUAAUCCAAGUCCAUCAGGGGAAUCUCCUGCUUUUGCAAAUCCAGAUUCCUCACCUGGGGAAUCUCCAGUUUUGACAAACACGAAUUCCCACGGAAGCAUGAAUUGUGGACCUCAGCAGCAGCAGCCGCAGCCGCAGCCGCAGCCGCAGCAGCAGCACACAUCAUAGUUUUGAGCUAUGCCAGGGAAAUAUUCAUGAGUGACACUAAAAGAAAUUUUGCAAGCAUAUGGAGGAGAAAACAAUCUGUUAGCUGACAGAUAAUAUGCUUGAUGAUUAAAAGCAUGAAACCAGCUGAGAUGGAAAUUUUAUGUUGACAAAUAAAGAGAUGGGCAUAUGCAAAUUAUGUGUGUUGGGAUUCUGAUGAUAUACUUUUUGAUUGUUCCUUUUGUUGAGAAAACAGAGAAGCAUGUGAAUAUGUUGGGGGAAAGAUGAUGAAAGUUCUUGUGGGGUUGCUGUUUUUUCUAGGACAUUGGACAAAUACCAGAUCAGUUGAGUUGAUACUGUCUUGAAUCUCUGAAAGAAUUGCACUUAUUGUUCCCUGUGAGUGCUCAACAUUUUAUGUUAGAUUUGUUGAUGAAGUUUUACUGUAAUAAGCCAGUCCUCACCAUAUUUUAACAAUUUUAAUUCCCAUAUAUGAAGAAAAACUUGAAACAAUGAAUGUUUAAGAGAAAGGG